UAGUGCCAGUAAAAACUGUAGCAUGUGUUGUUAAUACAAAUUCCAAAAUGUGUGCAAUGAAAAAAUUGAGAUGUGUGAUCCUACUGAUACUAGUUGUUGAAGUGAUACCAAUACAGUUAGAGUUGCAAGAAGGAGAAGAAAUCAAAGGCAAUAAUGUCGAUGACAGUCAAUUGAAUGAAUGUAUAAGUGUGAGGAGAAGUACUGAAAUUGGAGAGUGUUUUGGCAAAGAACUGUUGACUAAGUUGAAUAAGUAUGAUGAGGCUGAUUCAUUCAGUUUGGCUACUGGAGUUUCUUUUGUGAGAGAUGAAAAGACGCCGAGGGAUAUUAGUGCUUUUCUUGAUAAAGAUCCUAUGGAUUUUCGUUCAAUCCUCGAAGAUGCUGGCAACUUGAUUUCAAAACGGUCUCUUCAUUGGGACCUCAGUACCCUUUACCCUGGACUAAUCAUGAGAAUCGGGCCAACAUUAGCCAAUGGAGUGCUGGAAUUUGUUGUGGAUCCAAGAAUUAAGGACAGGUCUGCUUAUCAGCAACCUGGUGAAGUUUCUACAGGUCGACUUCUAGCAAGAAACCUUCUCGUACCAUUUUUACUUGGAUUCAAAUUCCAACUUUCAACAUUAUUGCCCUUGCUAUUGGGUCUAGUAUUGCUUGCAAGCAAGAAAGCGUUCCUUUUGGCCAAAUUGGCACUUCUGGCUGUAACAGUAUUUAGCAGUGGUUAUGGAAGUCAGGGAUCAUCGUAUGGUGGUUUCGGAGGACCUUCCCUCUCAUCUUAUGCUUAUGAGAACCCUGGACACUAUCAUGAUCAUGAUCACCAUACUUCAUCAGGCUACUACCGUCGCCAACCACAUCCAGAAUACUACUACAGGGAGAAGUCAGCAGAACCUACCACAGCAUCUCCAAUCACUCCUGAGGAGUUGAGGAAUAGGCUGGAAAGACUGUUUGUCACGAAGAAGGAUCCUGUCAAUGAGAGGGAGGACGUCAGUGGGAGGAACCGAAACUUUGCUUGGACACCUAUUAAUACUGGAUAGAAUAAUUGAGGAAGAGAUGGUUUAGUACAAUAAUUUUUAGGUUUAGUUAGUAUUAAGUAUUCUAUAACACAGUGUGAGUAGAAAGGUACAAUUGUAGGAGAAGACCAGUCUGGCAAUAUUUCUACUGACAGUUAAAAAGAAUUUAAAAGUGGGAUUAACAUUUUAAUAUGAUUAUUCAACUUACUGAAAGGGCACCUAAUUUAUAAAUCUACUUCUAGUCAUAAAAUUUUGAAAAAAAAAUAUUCCGUAUUUUUAGAUAUUUAAUAUUUUUUUA